AAACUGAUUAUUGAUGAGAAGAAAUAUUACUUAUUUGGGAGAAAUCCUGAUCUGUGUGACUUUACCAUUGACCACCAGUCUUGCUCUCGGGUCCACGCUGCCUUGGUCUACCACAAGCAUCUGAAGAGGGUUUUUCUGAUAGAUCUCAAUAGUAGAAGAAGUUUACAUUUGAUUUUUAAAUCAACUCUUCUUGACUCCUGUGAUAUCGCCUAUUUUCCUGAAUAAUUGAUGACUGGAGAGAGAAGAAGGUUUUGGGGAGGACUGUCCUGGAGGAGGCACUAGGUAGAUAUAGAGAACACCAUCAACAAAAACACUCAGGAGCUAGGGACUAUGGGUAGCUAAGUGUUUACAGGACCAUGAUAAAUUGUGGUCUAAUUUAGGCAGAAGCUAUGGUAGCUCCAUUAAUAUAAUAGAGUAGUUGUACAAGGCAUUAACAACAAUACUUGUUUUGAACAAUAUUUAAUUUUUUAUUCAAGGUUCUUUAUCCCAGCUACAUUCUGCUUUGACUAAGUAAUAAUAUAAAUUUUAAUUUCAUGAAUAUACUCCAACUAAUAAGAUUUUCAACUUUGCCAAAGAUAAUCCCAGAAAUGCAGUUGAGACUUAACUACAUGGAGCCUUGAAGUUUUUCACUUUUCCCAUAUAUAAAUACAAUGUAAAAUAUAAAGGAUCCUGCUUCCUGGGCUGACCAUGUUCUCCUUCCCCACUUUUAUAACACAGACCCCACCCCAGUCUGCUGAUAGAAUGGUUUUGGAGAGCCUUGUCUCACAAGUACUUACUUGCAAAUUUAUCUCAUCUUUUCUGUCCAUUUUAUAACAUGCAGAAAAAUAUUCAGACUCAGCAGUAGGAUUUUGGCUUGCCUUGGUAUUGAUAUUGCACCUGUUUCAGCCAACCUUUCCUGUUCUGGGGAAAACCCAGCAUAACUGCCACCAGGGCCUGUAUUCCUUAGACUUGGGGCUGGAGAGGUCAGACCACAGCGAUGCCUGUCUCCUGCCUUGGGUGGCAUGGUUAUUGCUGGGUUGGAGCCAUUCCUGCUGGACCCAGAAUGGAGCCAAGCCUGUCUGGCAGCAGAGAGCAAGCAGUGGUAUUUGUUAUCUGGGUUAACAGCAGGUCUGAAGAUGUGUAAGAAUUCCACUGAAGAGAUGCAAGACCCAGUGAAGGAGUUUUCCUUUUCAUUGUGACUCAUGACAAGGGAUGCAAAGUGGACUCGGUGUCAUUUUUAUUUUAAAAAGCAGAACUGAUAAUGCUGGGAGGAGCUGCUCUCCUACAACUCAGAGGAUGUGGAUCCCUCAGUUGGACGCUUCCGGAACAUGGUACAGACUGCAGUGGUCCCAGUGAAGAAGAAGCGGAUGGAAGGCCCUGGCUCCCUGGGCUUGGAAGAAUCGGGGAGCAGGCGCAUGCAGAACUUUGCAUUCAGUGGAGGACUCUACGGGGGCCUGCCCCCCACACACAGUGAGGCCGGCUCCCAGCCGCAUGGCAUCCAUGGGACAGCACUCAUCGGUGGUUUGCCCAUGCCAUACCCGAACCUCGCCCCCGAUGUGGACUUGACUCCUGUUGUGCCAUCAGCAGUGAACAUGAAUCCUACACCAAACCCUGCAGUCUACAUCCCCGAAGCUGUUAACGAACCCAAGAAGAAGAAAUAUGCAAAAGAAGCUUGGCCGGGCAAGAAGCCGACGCCUUCCUUACUGAUUUGAUAUUUUUGGUCGUGGAAAAGGGGUGGGAUUGGGUGGGAAUUGGGUGGAAGGGUGAUGGGGGAGCUGAUGAACUUGGGAGGAAAAUUUUCCAUGUGUGCAGUAUCGUCUUUCAGAAUGUCUCCUGGGGUCCUAAACAUCUAAUACCAAAACUGGGGGUGGGGUUGAAAUGUCCCGUAAAGGCUGCUCUUCAGAACACUUCAGUGUAGAAGAACGUUUCAUACGUCAUUUUAAAUUGGUGCCCUGGAGCCUCCCAGGCCUUCCAUGACCUCCUUUUUCUUUUUUCCCUCUUUCCAGGGUUAUUUUUAUUUUAAGUCAUGUACCCUGUGGAGAGACUCCAGGCCCAAAGAGUCGAAUUCAGAUCUGGGGAGGUGAUGGUGGCAUCACCAGCCUUAUGGGUCCAGCAGCCUAAUUUAUAUCUACUAUCCCUAUAAGUUCCACAUAGCAAAAGGGUUGCCAUGGAUCUGAGGUUGAUAAAAAAGAGGGUUAAAAUUCCUUAGUUAAGCUAAAGUUUGAAAAAUGUUUUUCUGGGUCAGUGGUUUUGAGGUCCAGUAGUUAGGCUUUUCUCUUUUGUCCUUUCCGUUGGGAUGAGAAUAUUUUGAUUGUGGUCUGUGACCAGUGAAUGCCAUAGACACAGGUUGAUAGUUUUAAACUUAUUACUUUGUUUGAACUUUACCUGUUUUUCUUGUCAAACCUGAGUACUCUACUCCUGAAGUUUCUCAUUUGAUUCCAGAGUACUGUACUCUCCAAGGCUUUCCUUUUCAAGUGUGUUAUGAAGGCAAUUUUUAAAGCAUUUGACCAGUUAGAACAAUUCCAAUUAAAAAGGAAAAGAUUUCACUUUGCAAGUAACUGAUGUCUCUAAGAAGACAUUUUAGAUGUCGGUUUGGAGACGCUUCCCCCGUUUGAGAGCUCUUGUUAUCCAAAGCUCUAAGAUGAGACCUGGCUAAUGAACAUAGGAGACGAAGGUAGGAAACAUCGAUAAGAGCUUUGUAUAGAGAUUUGUACAUUUGUGUAAUAGGCCUUUUCACGCUUUAUGUGUAGCUUUUUACCUGUAACCUUUAUUACAUUGUAAAUUAAACGUAACUUUUGGCA